AAUCAAGCGCAGGCGUAGAGGUUAGAUUUAGAUAAAAACUAUUUUUAGUUAUAAAAAUACUGUAACUAACCAGUUAUUUACAGUUGUAUUGCUACCUAAUUUAGAAUAAUGUUCGCCACAAUAGAGAGGAGUAUUGUAUCAUCUUGCCGGCUUCUUCACCGAAGUAUCCAUAGUCAAUAUCUAAUAACAAAUGAGGCUAAUGGUACAAGAGAAAUAACACUCAACCAUGAGAAAUCAAAAAAUUCUUUAUCUUUGGACAUGAUGAACCACCUCAUAGAAGCGAUCAAUUUAAAUAAGGAUGAUACCUCACUGAGGGCUAUUGUUUUGUCUGCCAAAGGCAACGUGUUCUCUGCUGGACACAACCUGAAGGAAUUACAAUCAAGCACUGGUAUUGAUCAACAUAAAUUAGUGUUCCAAAGAGCAUCAGAGUUAAUGAAGUCGAUUAUUCGAAGUACAGUUCCUGUUAUAGCGAAGGUGAAUGGUUUUGCGGCUGCGGCGGGAUGCCAGUUGGUGGCGACCUGUGAUAUGAUUGUAUGUUCAGACACUAGCAAGUUCUCUACCCCUGGCGCCAACUUCGGGAUAUUCUGCUCGACCCCAGGGAUAGCCGUUGGUAGAUGUGUGCCAAAGUCUAGGGCUAUGUAUAUGCUUUUAACGGGUUUGCCCUUAACGGCACAAGAAGCCUACGACAGUGGACUCGUCACCAAAGUGGUUCCAGCUGGUCAACUAGACGAAGAAGUCGACAAAAUAGUCGAAAGCAUCAAACACAAAAGCAGACGCGUCAUCGCACUUGGGAAAGAGUUCUAUUAUAAGCAAAUUGAUAUGAAAUUGCUUGAUGCUUACGGUUUAGGAGAACAGAUAAUGGUGGAGAAUAUAAACAUGGACGAUGGACAGGAGGGGAUUAAGAGCUUUGUUGAAAAACGUAAAGCCAGUUGGCAUCACAAGUAACGGGGAUUUUUUUAUAUCUCUAUAGUUCUAUUAUAAGCAAAUUGAUAUGAAAUUGCUUGAUGCUUACGGUUUAGGUGAACAGAUAAUGGUGGAGAAUAUAAACAUGGACGAUGGACAGGAGGGGAUUAAGAGCUUUGUGGAAAAACGUAAAGCCAGUUGGCAUCACAAGUAACGGGGAUUUUUUUAUACCUACCAUAGCAACCGGUGAUCUGUGAAAUAUGAAUGCCUAACAGUCCUAUCACAGAAGAGAAACAUCCAUUGUUUUUGUAAAGUAGGUAC